CUGCAAACCCAUUGCAAUGAAUGUGAUUUCAACCCCAAAAAGCCCGUCCCAUGCGAUGCCGGCUGUGGACUCGUUGUGCCCAAAGACGAGCUCAAGGACCACAACUGUGUCCGAGACCUCCGCCUGUAUGUCGACAAACAGAACGAACAGAUCGCUCGACUGCAGCAGAACUACAAUGACAUCAAACGUGAGGUGAAUAUGUUGAAGGACUGCGUGCGGGCCAUCCGCGCGGCCAACCCUAACGGCAUCCCCGCCAUCGUCGAGAGCUUCGAACACGACGAGGUCGAGCGGUGGACAUCCACUCUGUUGAGGGCGCGGGUGACGCGAUGGGGCGGAAUGAUCAGCACACCCGACGUCUCCCUCCAGGAGUCGGUCCGCAAAGCCCUCAUAGACUCGUCGUCGCCGUUGCAUAUAAUCAAUGAGUUGAUGGAGAACUCACACGAGCGCCGGUGGCCGCCCGGCCUCUCCACCCUCGAGAUCAGACAAAUGAACCGCCGUUUGUAUGACAAC